AUCUAUUUUAUCAUUUUUUAGCAAUUCGCCCUUAGAAGUUGCAACAGACUUCAUAAGGAAAAAAUUGAACAAUUUUUAUACCAGUGCGUUUCCGGAUUUUGAGCGUCAAUAUUCAACAAUUAUUAUGAAGAUUUACGUUGGAGCUUUCUGUAUCGGUUACAUCGUUAUGUUGAAUUUGAAAUACAUUACCGCGACAAAUGUAACCGGCAUGGCUGCACCUAAACAAAGCAUUGUAUUUACCAACGGAACGUGGAUGUACAACGGUACUGAGGGCCGAGUAAGUCCAUAUAAGGAGAUUCAUAUCCCAUCUUCGUUUAUACUCUCUCCUGCCCUCCUGCGGGAUCAACGUCUGAAGAUGACGCAAUCUGUGAGAAACCGGAAGCGGAAGUUAAAGAUGGAUCUUGUCCAAUCACUGCUCGAACAAGUGGCAUUUGAUGACGAAGGGGGUACGUCACAAAUCUUAACCGGUUUCGAAAUUAUACCCGGACAGAAAAUAUGUCUUCCAUUAGUGAGCGAAAAAACCGUAACUAAACUUAAGCUGACUCGUCUACCGGGGAAAAGAAGAGAUUUUCCUGAGCUCAAUCCGAACCUGUACAUAGUAAGAGCUAUGCGGCAAAUUUUAAAGGGAGAUUUCCGAAAACGGAUGGGACGUGGGAUGGAUGACGUUAUUAUUCCACAUCCAACGCGAGUAUGGAACAUUGACUAUUGCCACGAAAACAACAGUUAUGUUGACCUCGGUACGGAUUUUGACUUGGACGAUCACAGCUUUACAUUAACUGCACUUAUUCGUCUGCGGCCAAGUGACAACAACAGCAAAUCAAACCGGGGUGCUCGGAUUAUUUCGAAACGGGACACGGAUAAUUAUGGUUGGGAGUUUGUGGUACCAAGCUACUACGGCCAAACGAUCUCGUUUUAUGCAAAUCAAAGUCCAGGCCAUAUUGACUACGGGAAAUCGUCCAUACCAGACAACAAAUGGACAGUUGUGAGCAUUGUGUUUGACAGGCACCAGUACGGUGAUAGCAUUGCGGUUAUAACACCUUAUAUUGACGGCAUGCCAGAUGGAAAAGGAACUUACAUGCAAGUUGUGGGAAAUUUAAGCAGCAAUGCACCCAUGACUGUCGGCCAUGCAAGGGACGAAAAAGGAAGAUUCAGCAACGGAAGAAGAGAUUUCAGACUUCCAGGAAACCCGCGAUUUAACCCUCAUUUUCAAGGCGAUAUUAAAGAUAUUUACAUUUGGCACCAAGCUCUCGAUAAACGACAGAUGAGACGACAUGCAGCAAAGUUGCUCAGAGACAUAGGGAGAAGACCUAAUCCAUGUCCUUGGGGUUACGAGGAGUUAGACUGCAAAUGUUACAGGUUGUUUGAGGAUUUAAGAACUUAUCGAGACGCAUCCAGAAUAUGUGCGUUGGAAGGAGGGUUCUUAGCCAUGCCCAAAUCGGCCAGAAUUCAAGAUUUCUUAGAAAUUUUGAUGCAGCAAUCGGACUUAACAACUUUUUGGAUAGGUUUGGACGAUCUGGACUACGAGCGACGAAAGGUCUGGGCGGACGGAACGGUGUGCAAAUAUGACCACGGUGAGGACUACAACUGUUUUCCGAGGAACCGGCCAGACAAACAAUAUCACACAGAAGAUUGUGUGGAAGAAAGCAAAGGAGAUCCAGAAUUUAAAUGGAAUGACGAAAACUGCAUUAAAAUGAACCCUUACAUUUGUGAAAUUCCAAACACAAAGAAAGCGUGCGAAAACGCCAAGGAAAGUAUGACGUCUUGAUGCUGCAACACUUAGUGUUAAAACAAUGCAAAUAUACGGCAAUACUUUUCUGUCGAAUUUAUACUUAAAGAGUUGGUAUAUAAUAAAUAGCAUUAAAUUUA